UUAUUAUGAUACGUCACUUCCGGCGUGGCCAAAGCGCUCUCUCAGUAAGUUCGUUCAAAACAAGUUAACAUUUAGGAUUUAACUCGUAGAUUAAGAUCAGGAUAAUCCAUUAGUUUUAAUUUAGGUUAUUUUGCCUAGUUAAAGCUAAUCCGAUAGCAUCGCUUCGUUGGCUUUAGGUUUAAAAGGUACGAACGAAUUCCUGUUUAAACUUUUAACAGGAUAGCAGGCUAGCUGUCAGCGGCUUAACUGUUAGCAUUUUAAGUUGUCACUAUAAUUAUUAUUAUUAAUGCAUGCUCUCUAACUCUAAACACAACGAAAGUGUUGUCAGCCCGUCCUCCUGGAUCAUAUGAAUGAUAACAGCUGGGGUCGAUGAACUAGUUGGGAUCAGGUCUCGGCGGAGAGGGCUUUAUUAUAUAUUAUAUAGAUAAUAUUAUUUUUCUCACACCAGCGAUGACGACUAAGCUGACGUUAGAACAACAGAGGAAGAUCGAGGACAAUAGAAAGAAGGCUUUAGAGAUCAGGGCGAGGAGACUGGGUCAUGUGAACCCUGCCAGUCCAAAGUCCUCUGAGCAGGUGUCCUCCAUCAACCAGUCCGCCCAGUGCGCACCCACCGCCAGCCCUGCCUCCAGACUGGGACCACAGCAUCACCCCUUCAUCCCACCUUUUAAAAAAGACUCCAACUUGGGGACCAAAAGUAUUAGUGGUAAACCUUCUGAAAACAUGCCUAGUAUCUCACCUGGUAGCUCAGGUGGUGUGGUCGGAUCUUUCUACAAACCAGUGGCUCAGUCGAACCCAAGCCCCCAGGCGCCCCCCUCUCUCAAAAGUUCAUCUAUGACUGCUGGACCACCCUCCACAAAGCCCUUUGUCUCCACCAGAGGGAAGUGUGUUUCUCACUCAAAGGACCGCUUCAGGGUAGAAGUGGGCUACCAUGCUGAGCUCAUUGCUGUUUUCAAAUCCAUCCAGUCCAAGACUUAUGACCCUGCUACAAAAAUGUGGAACUUCAGUCAGGAGGACUACCGCCAGCUCAUGCAGGACGCGGGGGCCCUUACCUCCGUGUUCCUGAGGCCCCUGGAGGGCAUGGAGGCCCUGGACAUGACGGUGUCCCCCGGCCGGGUCCCCCACGACACGGUGGCCCUGGGGCCCCUGCUGAAGCUGUGCAGCGGCUGGCAGCGGCCGGGGGCCGCGGUGCAGGGACAGUGUGUCCUGGUGUCCCCGGCAAGGUUCGAGGUGGACGUGGGUUACCACGCCGACGUCAUCGCCGCCUUCAAGCAGACGCCGUCCAGAUGUUACGACAUGAACACGAGGAAGUGGAACUUUGCACUGGAGGACUACAGAAGACUCAUGGAGCAGCUGGGAGCCAUAGCGUCCGCGGAGGUGGAGCCUCUGCCCCGGGGGGUGGUCCAGGCCUUCAGGGCCAGGUUCGACGGGACCCUGGUCCGGCCGCUCGGCGUCCCGGAGGCGGACCUCUCGGCCGUCGACCCCUCGCUCACAAGCAGCCUCAUGCCCUUCCAGAGGGAAGGGGUCAACUUUGCAGUCUUCAAGGAGGGCCGCCUGCUUCUGGCCGACGACAUGGGGCUGGGGAAGACUGUGCAGGCCAUCUGCAUAGCAGCCUACUACAGGAAGGAGUGGCCGCUGCUGGUGGUGGCACCCUCCUCCGUCAGGUUCACCUGGGCAGAGGCCUUCCGGCGCUGGCUGCCCUUGCUGGAGGCGGACAGCAUCAACGUGGUGGUGAAGGCCAAGGACGAGCUGCGGGGGGGCCUGGUCACCAUCGUCAGCUACGACCUCCUCAGCAGGAUGGACAAGCAGCAGCAGGCCGCCAAGCCCUUCCAUGUGCUCAUCAUGGACGAGUCCCACUUCCUGAAGAACAUGAAGACGGCCCGCUGUAAAGCAGCGCUGCCUCUGCUCAAGGCGGCCAGGCGGGUGAUCCUGCUGUCCGGGACCCCGGCCAUGUCCAGACCCUCCGAGCUCUAUACCCAGGUGCUUGCAGUCCGGCCCACUCUCUUCCCCCGCUUCCACGAGUUCGGCCUGCGGUACUGCAACGCCAAGCAGCUGACCUGGGGCUGGGACUACUCUGGCUCCUCCCACCUGGGCGAGCUGCGGCUGCUGCUGCAGGAGAGCCUGAUGCUGCGCCGCCUGAAGACAGAGGUGAUGUCCCAGCUGCCGGCCAAGCAGCGCAAGGUGGUGGUGGUGACCAUCGACACGGUCGGCGCCCGCACCAAGGCGGCCCUGGGGGCGGCGGCCAGGGAGCUGGCCAAGCAGCAGUCAAACAAGACCAAGGAGAAGGAAGCCCUGCUCGUCUUCUACAACCACACGGCCGAUGCCAAGAUCCAGGCCAUCACGGAGUACAUCAUGGAUUUACUGGAGUGUGGAAGGGAGAAGUUCCUGGUGUUUGCCCAUCAUAAGACGGUGCUGGACAGCAUCACCGAGGAGCUGGGGAAGAAGAGCGUGCCGUUCAUCCGCAUCGACGGCAGCACCUCAUCGGCCGAGCGCCAUCAGCGGUGUGAGCUCUUCCAGCACGGGACGGGCAGCUGCGUGGCUGUGCUCUCCAUCACCGCAGCCAACAUGGGCAUCACCCUGCACGCCGCCAACCUGGUGGUGUUCGCCGAGCUCUUCUGGAACCCCGGGGUGCUGAUCCAGGCGGAGGACCGGGUACACCGUAUCGGGCAGACCAGCAACGUGGACAUCCACUACCUGGUGGCCAAGGGCACCGCAGACGACCACCUCUGGCCCAUGAUCCAGGAGAAGAUGAACGUCCUGGAGAAGGUCGGUCUGUCGGAGUCCAACCUCUCAGACAAGGCCCUCAGUGCCAGCUUCCACUCCAAGACCACCCAUUGUGUUUGUGGGUCCAGGACCGGCAGCAGAGGACCAUCACAGAGAUGUUUCAGAGGUCCUUCACUGAGGAGGACGGUUGGGACGAGGAGCUGCUGCUGGAGGCGGUGGAGGACUGUGAGGACAGAGCAUCAGAGCCCCCCCCCAGCCUCGAGGACGCCCAGAGCCCCAGCAAGAGGCGGCGUGUCCAACAAUAAUUCAGAUAGAAAUAGAAACACUGGUCGACUGUACCAUGUAUCAUGUCUGUUGGAUUAGUAUAUGUUGUAUAUAAGUAACACAAUAAACUAUAUAUUUUUUAAAAUAA